AUGGCAGAUUCUAAUGUUAAUCUUAGAAACAGAAAUAAGAAUGGGAAUGAAACCUCCCAGGUACGAAGCACAUUUGAAAAGGGUUCAGAUCAUUAUGAAAGCAGCGAAGAUAAUGACAUAGAAAUUAAGUUUGGAAUUCUAGAUAUUAUUAGAAUAUUACUGGGAAUCCUUUUUCUAGGUUCAAUCUUAUCAAAGUUGAUACUGGGCUCUUGGCUGCCGAUAAGUUUGUAUAAACUCAGUUCUAAAUCAAUAUCGCUGGAGAUUCCAGGAUAUUGGAAAGAAAAAUACGAUAAAUUUCCUAUUACAUUUAAUUUAGAUGAUCUAAAGGCAUAUCGAGGAUCAACUGAACCAGAAAGAAUUCUUUUGAGUAUAAAAGGUCACGUCUUUGACGUUACAAAGGGUUCCUCCUUCUAUGGAAAAUGGGGCGCUUAUCAAAGAUUUACUGGAACAGAUUGUACAAAUUUGUUCAGCUAUUCUCAAUGGGAUUUGACAGCAUUUAAUGAUGAAUGUAAUCCAUUUUACAAGGAAUUUACCAAUUCACAAUUACAAAGAAUCGAUGGCUGGUUGGAGUUCUUUCGAAAGAAAUAUCCAGAAAUUGGAACAGUAGUUGAACUCAUACCUGAAACUAUUGAUAAAAAAAUAAUGAAUAAUGCUUGA